AUGCAGGCGAUUUCUGGCUUAAACUUUGAGGAGGUCAAAUAUGAAGACAAAUCUCCGAACGUCGACAACUAUGAGGAUCCAGAGGCACUCAAGGGAGAGGUCCACCUGGGUCCCAACACGGAGACCCAUCGGGGACUCUCGUCCCGCCAGCUGCAACUGAUCGCCAUCGGUGGAUGUAUUGGAACCGGUCUCUUCGUCGGGUCAGGCUCGACUCUUUCCACGGUCGGUCCAGCACCGCUUUUUAUGGGAUACUUGGCCAUGUCGUCAGUUGUUUGGUUCGUGAUGAACAUGCUGGGUGAAAUGACCACCUAUCUUCCCAUCAAGGGGAUCUCCGUGCCAUACAUCAUUGGCCGCUAUACUGAGCCUAGUCUCGGCUUUGCUGCUGGUAUGUAUUCAUUUGCUAUGUUACUGGCAAGUGAGGUCACGGCGGCGGGUAUCAUCAUAGAAUACUGGACCACUUCAGUCAACGUGGGCGUAUGGAUUGCAAUCGUUCUCAUUGUCAUUUUGCUCCUCAAUAUUGUUGCUGUCUCUUGGUAUGGAGAAGCCGAGUUUUGGUUUGCCGCUCUCAAAAUCAUCGCCAUCAUUGGGCUCAUUAUCUUGGGGAUUGUCCUUUUCUUUGGAGGGGGUCCCAACCAUGAUCGGUUGGGCUUCCGCUACUGGCAGCACCCAGGCGCUUUCAAGCCGUACUUAGUCAACGGAAAUACCGGUCGCUUCUUGGCUUUCUGGACUGCGUUCAUCAAGUCUGGUUUCUCAUUCAUCUUCUCUCCCGAGUUGAUCACCACGGCUGCGGGCGAGGUUGAAGCCCCUCGUCGCAACAUCCCCAAGGCCACCAAUCGUUUCAUCUAUCGGAUCUUUACCUUUUAUGUCCUGGGCUCUUUGGUCAUUGGUGUUACUGUGGCCUACAAUGAUCCAGAUCUCCUGUCAGCCGUGGCCAGCGGCAGCUCCACUGCCAGUGCAAGUCCGUUUGUGAUUGCCAUUCAGAAUGCAGGAAUCUCGGGCUUGAAUCAUGUCAUCAACGCAGCCAUCCUGACUUCUGCCUGGUCAUCCGGCAAUGCCUGGGUUUUCGCUGGGUCCAGAACACUAUACUCGCUCGCUUGCGGGGGCCAGGCACCCCAAGUGUUUACCCGCUGCAAUAAGAACGGAGUACCAUGGGUGGCUGUCCUAGCUACUUGGGCUGUGGGGCUGUUGUCGUUCCUCAAUCUAUCUAACUCAGGUGCAAACGUCUUCUACUGGUUCACCAAUCUUACCACUGUCGGUGGCUUCAUCAGCUGGAUCUUAGUUGGCAUUGCGUACUUGCGUUUUCGCAAGGCGAUGGACUUCCAUGGCAUGCUUGAUUCACUGCCGUUCAAGACUACCCUUCAGCCUUACGGUACAUACUAUGUGAUCUUCAUGGUGACCUUGCUGACCCUCACCAAUGGUUAUGCUGUCUUCUUCCCGGGUAACUUCUCAGCGGCGGAUUUCCUGGUCUCUUACAUUGGCAUUGUCUUCUUCCUGGUCUUCUACGUAGGUCACAAGCUGUGGUAUCGGACUCCGUGGAUGACAAAGGUGUCGGAGGUCGAUGUGUUCACCGGCAAGGACGAGAUAGAUCAACUCUGUGAGAACGACUUGGAGCGCAAGCCGCGCAACUGGCUGGAGCGGGUCUGGUGGUGGAUUGCGUGAG